AGGGAAUCGGUGACACAGCCAGGCACACACACACAGACCCUCGUCCUUUUCCCACAGAGACAACUUCAUUCCAAGCAGGAUGCAAAGAGGGAUCCUCCUGGCCAUGUGCUGCCUGCUGUCCGCCUGCCGGCAGGUCAUCAGCGUGACACCUCAAGAUGAAGAAGUCCGUGUCCUGCAUCUAUGGCACCAGGGAGGCAAUACUAUCGGCGGGGUGCAGAGGUUUAAAAGAGCCUGGGUGAUUCCUACAAUUUCAGUCUCUGAGAACAUGAAAAGCAUCCCCUCCCAAGUCGUGCAGAUUAAGUCAGAUAAGCAAUACCAGAGCAGCGUUAUCUACAGCAUCAAGGGGCCCGGAGUUGACGAGGAGCCCAAAGGAUUCUUCACUAUUAAUAAGACAACCGGAAUUGUGUAUCUGAACGCAAUGUUGGAUCGUGAGAAGAUUGAUCGCUUCAAGCUUCGUGCCUUUGCACUGGACAGUGAUGGAGCUCCCCUCGAAGACCCCACUGAUUUAGAGAUUGUCGUUCUGGAUCAAAAUGACAACCGUCCAGUGUUCUCACAGGCGCUGUUCAGAGGAUAUGUCCUGGAGAACGCAAUUCCUGGAACCCUGGUAAUGAGGGUGAUCGCCACCGAUGCAGAUGAUGCCAACACAGACAACGCCCACCUGAAAUAUUCCAUCAUCCAGCAGGACAGUCCAGAGAUGUUCAGUAUUCACCAGGACACUGGAGAAAUCAGGACCGUCCAAGUGGGGCUGGACAGAGAGGGGAUGGGAUCGUACAACCUAACUGUACAGGUGGCCGAUAUGAUGGGAGAUGGGUUAUCCAGUACCGCCAGCGCUGUCAUUUCCAUAGGUGACCUCAAUGAUAACGCACCUCUGUUCACCCAGGAAGAGUUGGUCAUGGAGGUCCCGGAGCAGAGCAGUGGGUUAGAUGUCGGCAGAGUGAGUGUGACCGACAGAGAUCUCCGAGGCUCCCCAAACUGGAUGGUCAAAUAUGCAAUCAUCAGUGGAGACUCCCAAGGUGCAUUCUCUGUUCGCACUGAUCCACAGACCAAUGAGGGUAUUCUGGCCCUUGUCAAGCCUUUAGAUUAUGAAGCCAAUGCCAUUCAUAACCUGACUGUGUUUGCGGAGAAUGAAGCUCCACUUCUGCCCUCCGUCCCCCGCACUUCCCGCUCUCAAGCCCGGAUUAAGGUCAUUGUGAAGAAUGUGAAUGAACCCCCAGUUUUUUCAGAGAACCCCAUGAUGGUGAGAGUGAAGGAGAGGAUUAGCCCAGGAAGUGUGAUUGGUGUCUUCACUGCAAAGGACCCGGAUAUCGGUCUGUCCCAGGAGAUCCGAUAUUCUUUGAUUUCUGACCCUGCAAACUGGCUGCUUGUGGAUGCUCAGACUGGACAAAUAGGGACCAGAUACAGCAUGGAAAGGAAGUCACCGUUUCUCGAGGGAGGGUGGUACACGGCGCUGAUCACUGCUGCUGACAAUGCUGUGCCGCCGCUGAGCUCCACAGGGACACUAUCUGUGGAGGUGAUAGAACUUAAUGACCACGCUCCAGUGCUAUGGCAGCAUUCUGGGGAGCUGUGCAGUAGUCCACACCAUGGUCACGGGAUACUGCUGAGCGCCACAGAUGAAGACAUGCCACCCCAGUCACACCCAUUCCACUUCCAGCUGGAUCAAUCCUCUGUAGCCCUGACCCUUAACUGGAGCAUCAGUGACGUUAACGGUACCCACGCCAUGCUGGAACUGCUCACUGAGGUGGAAGAAGGAGUGUACACUCUGCCCUUGCUGGUAUCAGACUCUGGCGACCCACCCUUGGCACAGCUGCACAUGCUGAAUGUGUCUGUAUGUCGUUGUGAUGCAGUUGGCAUCUGUCGUGGCAGUGCAGCUGCUCUCUUCAGUUCCGGAGCGGGUAUCAGCCUAAGUGCACUCAUCAUUAUUCUAAGCAGUGUGGCCUUGUUAUUGGUUCUUGCUCUGCUGCUUCUCCUGUUUCGCUGUACGGCUAGUAACACAGCACAGAAGAGGUUACUGUCAGACUCUGAGGACGAUGUACGGGACAAUAUAUUCAACUACAAUGAGCAAGGAGGAGGAGAAGAGGACCAGGAUGCCUAUGAUAUGAAUCGCCUCAGGAACCCAGCCAUAGCAGUGCCACCGUCACCUCGUUUCAAGCCUCCAGUCCGGAGAGAUGCUCCUUACAGUCAGACCCUUCCUCGCUAUCCCCAGAGGCCCACUGAGCGACCUUCAGACAUUGCAGACUUCAUCCACGAUGGGUUGCAGGCAGCAGACUCAGACCCCAGUGUCCCCCCAUAUGACACUGCAUUGAUGUACGAUUAUGAAGGCGAGGGGUCAGUUGCUGGGACCCUAAGUACCAUCUUAUCUAGUGAAGACAGUGACCAGGAUUAUGACUACCUGCAGGAGUGGGGUCCACGCUUCCGCCGGCUGGCAGACAUGUAUGGCGACCAGUGACUAUGAAGAGAC